GUGAUUUUUCAGUUAAUUUCCAAAAACUCCAAUCCCACACAGAUACACACAAUUUUGUUGUUUCAAAUUUACUGUGACUCACGUUUUUUAACCAUCUUUAACUGAAAAGUGCUGUACGCUUCCAUAAACCAUGGAUAAAGCUCAAAGUUCUGAGGAAAUUGGCAAGUUACACACGUGCAGCAGCCGGCGCGUGUUGUGGCAGCUGCAAGACAAUGAGGAGGAAGAAGUCUACGACUCUGUUGUUAACUAUCGACGCCUACCAACGACGGAUAAGACCGCAAACUCAGCCAGUUCCAGUGCAUCAGACACUGCUGCUGCUACUGCUGCCGAUGCCAGUACCAGCAGCAGCAAGUGGCGACUGCUCCUGAAGCCACAAGCGGUUGAAGAGUCACCCAAUUUGGCCCUGCGCUACAAGCCUUCACAUGAGUCGGUGCCAGCGCCAGCGCCAGCGCAGUUCACAAACAAAAGAGCUCGCAGCAUUGAGCAUUGGCAGCAUUUGUUUGAGCUCAUACGCAGUAAUAAGACUUCCGCCACUCUGGGUGCACGCUAUAAGCCAUCGCAUGAGUCUCUUAAGCAUCAGGCUAGCAAGGAGCAAGUAACAAAUGCGCCCAUGCCCACGCCCACGCCCACGCCCAAGCCCAAGGUGAUCACUGCUGAUCUUAGAGUGGAGCAGUGCAUCUUUCCGCCAUUACAGACGGUAGUGAUACGCGAGAUGCCACCUAAGUUUGCCAGGCGUAGACGUAUACCAGAUGAUACCGACUCUUGCGGAUCGGAGUUUUGCGACUUGUGCAUGCCCUUGAAGCAAUCAUUACAUGCUGAGCUAGCAAAGGUCACACUUAUGCCAGUUAUUAAUCCACCAGCUAAGAAUGAUAACCCAAAGAGCAAACGUCGCUUCACCAAGCAACCAGCUAAUCCCACUGAUGCCACUGGCAGCGGUGCGAAGUCAACCUCCAGUUCUGCCGUUAACCCAUUGCCCACUUUACGGCAACGCCAGUUGGAGCUACAUCGCUAUCGCUUGUUAAUUGAGAAACGCCGUUUGGAGCUUCUCGAUUUGAAGAUAACACGCGAGCGUGCUGAGGCAGUGCGCCAAGAUGUGCUCUUCCAUAAGGACUUGCAGCUGAAGCACAAUCAAAUUCAGUCAUUGGAGGACGCCAACAGCUCACAGGCCUAGUUUACGGAGUCACAGUCUGGGCACAAACAAAAUCAUUAAGUAAUAAAUUAAUACAACAGUACUCUUACACAAUAGAAUCAAUAUAAAAUUUCAUAUUUUUAU